AGGACGGCUACAAUCUCCGUAACCUAUUCCUACAAAUCUCCGGUGAAUUCAUUGUAUACACUAAGCAGUCUUGAUGAAUUUCACGCUGUCACGUAAAAAUUUUGACGUAAAUAAAGGUGAUAAAUCUCCCCCAGUGUUUUUGGCCCCAAACCGCCAAGUGUGUUUCAAGUCUUAUGCUAUUGAUCCAUGGAUGCAGCAUUUUGGGCAGCACCAUUAGGUUACAUGUGUAGCCACUGACCACCUGUAGUCUGAGCCAGCAGUGACUGGGCCCUUAGCUGUAGUUCACCAGAACCCUCUUCUGUCCCAGGACAUGAGGUCUUGGCACAGGGGGUAUAGUGGCCCCAUGACCAUGGGGUAUCCAGCUAUGGAUGGGGCGCGCCAGGCUGGAGCCUUCACACCAGAGAGCUGGUAUUCACACACAACAGCUGACGGUACAUGCCAGGCGACUGUACCCAGCGGGCUGCCUGCAUGCACUAGAGAUGGGCACACAGGAGGAGUCAUGCGGAUUAUCAGAAGUGAAGACAUAGCGGGGAGGGGAGGAGGAGGGGGGCCGGCAGCCUCAGCAACAGGUCCCUGGUGAGGAGGAGCCAGCCGCUCAGCUCGUACCCAGCCUGCCAGCCUCACUCAGCGGCACCACCGCCUGUCACUGCCCGGACCAUGAGCGCCACAGGGGACGACCCGGAGCUCGACUUCGACUAUCUGUUCGAGUACGAGUACGACAAGGCGGCGGCGGGAACCGAGCACCGAGAAAACUAUAACUAUGCAUCUUCCAAUUUAAGUGCCAGCCUAUCACUGGGUGUGAUGAAUUCUUCAUUACCAACUCCAUGCCAUGGUGUUCAGUCAUCCAACCCAAUCAUUUCCAUUAUUCCAUCAGCAAGUCAUUCAUCUGGAUAUGGAGGGAAUCCUGAGAAUGAAGCCUCUGGAUACUACCUAUCUCCGAACAUAAGGCCUAAUGGAGCACCAUUAGAAAGUCCUAGAAUUGAAAUCACUUCUUGUCUGGGGAUUCACAGUGGCAAUAACCAGUUUUUUCAUGAAGGUGAUGUGGAAGAAUCCAUACCUAAACGAACACUUUCUACUGCUACGUUGAACUUACCAAAUGUUGACACCUACCGAGACCCUUCUUGCUUGAGUCCAGCAAGCAGUUUGUCUUCCAGAAGCUGUAACUCAGAAGCUUCCUCUUUUGAGUCAAAUUAUUCUUAUCCAUAUACUUCCCCUCAGACCUCUCCAUGGCAAUCACCUUGUGUAUCCCCCAAAACCACUGAGCCAGAUGACGGCUAUCACAGAAAUAUGGUGGCCUGUAAUUUGGUAAACUCACCCAGGCAUUCCCCAUCUACAUCUCCCAGGACAAGUAUAUCGGAGGAAAACUGGCUCACUGCUCCAAACUCACGUCCUACAUCUCCGUUCAAAAGAAAAUAUAACAUCAAUGGUAGACAAACCUCUUACUCUCCUCACCAGUCUCCUACUCCAUCUCCUCACAAUUCCCCCAGAGUUAGCAUCACUGAGGAGACCUGGCAGGGGAACACUCACCAGUAUACCAAUUUGGCUAUAGUGGCAGCUAUCAAUGCUCUUACCACUGACCCCAUAGACAUGAAUGAUGGCAUUCCAAUUAAAUCCCGGAAAACAGCAAUAGAUCACACCCCAAAUAUGGCUCUAAAAACGGAGCCCAUUUGUGAUGAACAUGACACACUGUCACUAGCCACCGAUUUGCCAUCAGAAGACUUCUACCACAUCAGGAAAACCAUGCCUUGUGAACAAUAUUUAUCAGUGCCACAGCAUCCUUAUCACUGGGCCAAACCAAAGAACAUUUCCCCAACAUCCUAUAUGAGCCCCUCUUUGCCUGCCCUUGAUUGGCAUCUGCCGUCACAAUCAGGACCUUAUGAACUUCGCAUUGAAGUGCAGCCCAAAUCUCAUCACAGGGCUCAUUAUGAGACGGAAGGAAGCCGCGGGGCGGUGAAGGCAUCUACUGGGGGACAUCCCAUUGUGCAGCUACACGGGUAUUUAGAAAGUGAGCCACUUACCAUCCAGCUGUUCAUCGGCACGGCAGACGAUCGCCUGCUGCGACCUCAUGCCUUCUAUCAAGUCCAUCGCAUCACUGGCAAGACCGUAUCGACUACAAGCCAUGAAACCAUCAUCUCCAACACCAAAGUCUUGGAAAUCCCAUUGUUGCCUGAGAACAAUAUGAAAGCCAUUAUUGACUGUGCAGGUAUAUUAAAGCUGCGAAAUUCUGACAUUGAGUUGCGGAAAGGGGAAACAGACAUUGGCAGAAAGAACACCAGGGUGCGACUGGUGUUCCGUGUACACAUUCCACAGGCCAAUGGGAGGACUCUUACUCUUCAAGUGGCAUCCAAUCCAAUUGAGUGUUCCCAGCGUUCAGCUCAAGAAUUGCCUUUGGUAGAAAAGCAAAGUAUUGACAGCUUCCCAGUGACUGGUGGGAAGAAAAUGAUUGUGACUGGGCACAACUUCCAUCAAGAUUCCAAAGUCAUAUUUGUUGAGAAAGCACCAGAUGGUCAUCAUGUCUGGGAAAUGGAAGCCAAGACGGACAAAGAAAUGUUCAAGCCUAACUCACUAGUUUUGGAGAUCCCACCAUUUCGCAACCAAAGGAUAUCCAGCCCAGUUCAAGUAAAUUUUUACGUCUGCAACGGAAAGAGGAAAAGAAGCCAGUACCAACAAUUCACCUAUCUGCCAGCCAAUGGUCCAAUUAUAAAAACAGAGCCCACUGAUGACUAUGAGUCAGCUCAAACCUGUGGCCCAAUGAACCAAGGAUUAACUCAACUCUCCAAGCCAUACUACAGCCAACAAAUUCUGAUGCCCUCUGAUCCUGGUUCGUGCCUUGUAUCUGGCUUCACGUCCUGUCAGCAGAGAAACACUGUGAUGUUGUCGUCUCCAAACUCAAGUCCCAAACUCCAUGACCUUUCAACUUCUGCGUACAACAAAUGCAUCUCGAAUCCCGGUCACCCUCAGCUAGGACUUCAGCAGCCCACUGGAGGUGUCCCCACCAUACAGGAAGUGCCAAGGUCUAUAGUUGUGCACCCAAGUUCAACCGAACAGUCAUCCCACAUCAUGCUGCAGCCGCAGGUGAGUCUCCAUCAGAGCAGUAGCUGUUCCCUUGGUUUUCAACAAACAGUCUAUCCCAACAGUCCCUCUUCUCCAGUUCCAUCUAUUACCCAAGAGCCAUCCUAUUUACAGCCCUGCAGUCCAACUCACUCAUCAGUAAUGGGCCAACAGCAGCACCAACAACAGAAGGUUCAGAGAAUUGAAUCUCCAACCAUUCAACCUCUGUCACUGCCAGAGUUGCAUGAGGACAGUAAUCAUAAUUUGGCCCCUAUUCCUGUAACCAUCAAGUGUGAGCCUGAGGAAUUGGAUCAGUUGUACUUGGAUGAUGUAAAUGAGAUCAUAAGGAAUGACUUGUCCAGCAACAACGUCCACACAUAGCUAUGACAAUCCUGGACUUACUGGACAGAGACUUCUGUCCCCUAUCUGCUUAUCAAGUGAAGACUGGAAUGGACCAUUCUUCAUAUUAUGGAGAUUCUAUCUCCGAUAAUGCAGAAGCGUUCAGUCUUCAGCAGAAUUAUCAUCUCAAGAAUAAAAACAUUUAAACAAACAUUCUAUGUAUUUGUAGGAUAUCUAACUGAAAUACUUGACAAAGCUGAGGGCCAGGGACCGUAACUGAUUCUUUUGGCACCACUGGAUGCCUGCAGUGCCUUAAAUGUUUGUAUUUGUGGCAUUAGGAUGAAUCAAAAAGCUUUCUGUUUGCUACCAAAAGAAGUAUUUUCGGUGCAAUGGACUUUGAAGCAAUCGUUCAGCUUGCUGAUAUGGGUGGAAGCAGACUGUAUUGUCAAGAAGAAAUAAAGACAAAGAUUGGAUGUACGUACAGAAGAUCCAGCAAACUCGCCUUAAACUCUGCGCCUCAAAAACCACCAAUCUGACUCUUUAUACUCUAUUUAAUCCAUAUAAAGAAAUCCAUUUUAUUAAAAGAAUGUUUUGUUCUUAAUUUGGAAGCAAAGCACACAAAAGAUAAAAGCACAUACAAAUCUAAUAAACAUACAUGCAUGUUAAAACAUGAAUUAAUCCCUAGAUGAUGCUUCAUAGUAUCAAACAUCUGUUCCUGCCAUUGACAUAACUAGCUCAAUUUUAAGGCAUAUUGGGUUACAUACAAAUUAAGCAAUGCUCAUCAUUCUUUACCUAGUAAAAGAAAAACAAUAACGAAGGCAGUUCUAUUAAGCUACAAUGUUGCCUGACGUAUAUUGACACCAUGCAGUGUAUUCGGUGUUCCUCAUGAUCACAGCCAAGUGCAGUAUAUUGUAUGCAUCGCGUUGCUCAAUCCUGAAAGCAAGCACUUUAGAUAAAAUAGGAAACGUUUCAAUAGAGUAAAAGCAACCAAGUGUAAUUUGUACAUAGGUAACUAUAAGAUUGUAAAUAUUUGUUUGGUUUCACAAAAGCCUUAUAUCUAUGAUUCUUCUACAGUAGGGGUGGUUUGACAUGUGCCCGUGCAGCUGUUGUUAAACUACAAUUCCCAGAAUGCCAGGUGGCACGGCAUGCUUGAAGUUGUAAUUAAAACAGCUGGACAGCCACAAAUUGCCUCAGGCUGUAUGCCGGGAAUGUUACCAAAAAUGGCUGACAAUGCAGUGCUAUGUGAGCUGUGUCCAUAUGUGUUAAUAUCAUUUGGAGUAUAGUAAAGAUAUGUAGUAUGAUCCUGUUCAUUAUCUAUUGUACAAGUAGCAGCUAAAUACUAGUGAUACAUUUUUACGACGUGUAACCAAACUCUAGCAUGGUCUAAUUGAGAAUACAAUGUAACUAAUGUUGUGCCUUAGUAAUCAAUGCCCUCUUCUGGAAAAAUGCCUGAAUUACAAGCUGAUUAAAGGUAUCCGGCUUGAAUAAAUAUAAUGCUGUGUAUUAUGUCUUACUUUUUGAAAGAAAAUGUAAAAGCCAUAUUUAAUAUUUGCACUUGACUGUGAUAAAUUGAAUGGAUAAUAUGGCUUUUCUGUACAAACCAGGCUUUUCAUCAUUGUAAUAGCUAUCUUUUACCUUUUUAUGUGUAAUCAAAGAUGUUUACCCAUUAUAUAGCACUAUAAGAUUUGCAUGAUAUAUGUAUAAUAGAUGACCAAGUAGACGUUUCAGUGCUCAGAGUCUACGUAUACUGGCUAUGCCUGAAUGGUAACAAUAAAGCAAUA